AUGCCACAUAUCGAGAUUUUCAGAGAGCCAGUCUACCGUACCUACCGGUCUUCUGAAUGCAGUUGGGCUGCAUUUUAUAUCAAAUCGAUAAAUAUAUUCCGAUAUUUUCUACCAAUUCUCAUCAUCUUUCUGACGGAUACUGCUCUCUACCAGAAACCGAAUCGAAAUCUGAAUAUUCAAUUCCAAAUGAGCACUCAAAAUCUAUCAAUUAAUACAGUAAUCUAUGCAUUCUCUCUGAAAAUGAAACUGGAUUAUCAUUCGAUUAUUGAUUCAGAACUAUUCCUCACGGACACUAUCCAAUUUCCUUCAUUUCCAACAUCUCAAAUUCAAACAACCGCCCGUCUUACUGUAGAUCAAUCGGUUCCUUUUCAAUCAAGAGAGAAAUUCAGUAUAAUUGAUAGAAGACGUCAAGAUGUGGAGCACUAUCAGAUUCAUUCUGUGUUGAGAAGAAUCAGUGAGUCACCAAUUUCGUGGAAAAUGGAAAGAAAAUCAAGUAUUCUACUGUCUGCCCCCUCUCCACCACCCACACUAUCUCUCUCCAUCUUUUUGUCAAUUUCUGAAAUGGAAUUCACGUAUCGAACUGGUUUCUGGGAACUCAUGAAAUGGUUCUGGAUUCAAUACUUUGCUGUAUUCUAUAUUAUUGACUAUUUAUUCACAUCAAUAACAUCAUAUUUAUUCAGAAAUCAUGUAUUUUAUGUCAAUGAUGUUGUUCGAUAA